AUGGCAGAUCGCGAACUCAACAUCCUCUCCCUCGAUGGCGGCGGCGUGCGCGGCUUGUCAACGCUGCACAUCCUCAAGAGCAUCAUGGAAGCAAUCGAUCGCGAGCAUCCGCCGAAACCGUGCGACUUUUUCGAUAUGAUUGGUGGAACAGGGUCUGGCGGGUUGCUGGCGCUCAUGCUUGGCCGGCUGAAGAUGGAUAUCGACCAGUGCAUCAUCGGAUACACGCGACUCUGCAAGCACGUCUUCGGUCGCAAGAAGCGGCUCUCUUUGACCGGAAUGAGUCCGAUGUCAAUGUCGAAACGUAAGGCAAAGCAUGAUGGCAAGAAACUGGCGACCGCGCUGAAGAGUAUUCUCCGCGAACUGGGGCACGAGGAUCGGGAUAUACUCUUGCAGGAUGUGGAUUUGAGCUGUCGCGUCUUCGUCUGCGUUACCGACGCCUCAACCCAGAAACUGGUACCCCUUUCCACUUACCCGAGCAAAUACUGCCCGAACGAGCUCUACAAGUCGGCAAAAAUCUGGGAGGCCGGUGUAGCGACGUUUGCCAAUCCGGCCCUCUUCGAGCCCAUCGCUCUGGGUCCCGCGCGCCGCCGCUACAUCGACUCCUCUUCGCAAGCAAAUAACCCCAUCCGCGAGGUCUGGAUCGAAGCGAAAAACGUCUGGCGCCUUACAACCCUUGAGUCGCAGCUGCGGUGUCUUGUCUCUAUCGGUACGGGACAGCAUACAAUCAAUCGAGGGUCAGGCCGCAAGACAAGCGGCGUCGGCGGAGUGUUUGGAUUCGCGAAAAGCGCUGAAGUUGUAGUCGAUCCCGAGGUCGAAACGAACAAGUUCAUCCAGGAACACAGCGAGCUUGAUGACGAGGGCCGGCUAUUCCGUUUCGAUGUGCCGAAUGGCCUCGCGGAAAUUGGUCUUGACGCCGUGGAUGAGAUAGAGACGAUUGUGGAUGCGACGCAGGAUUACCUGGCCAAGGAGCUGGUCUACAAGCAGGUUAGACGCUGUGGGAAGGCAUUGGCUAGGCCGGGGGAUAGUGAGGUCUCUUUUCCAAUUCGGCGGUGAUUUCUCCCCUUACUAUGUUUGGAGGCUGAUGUGAUUUGAGUAGCGUUCUGAGAUUAUCUGUCAUUGAUACCAUCGCUCUUCUAUGCAUUUAUGAAUUCGUUGUCGUUUAUA